AUGGCGUACAGAGACGAGAUCGACGAUGGGUUUGAUGCAGUUGUUUUCCUGGAGGAAAGGUAACCUUAGACUUGUUGGAUACUUUAAAAAUCAAUUAGAAAUAAGGGAAACUUUUUACACACUAGAUGCUAUGAAGAAGGUCAUAAGAGAGGCUAUCAGGCUGGUCUUUUGAAGGGUAUGGAAGAAGGACGAGAACUUGGUAUGGUGAAAGGAAGCGAAGUUGGGGGCGAGGUGAGUUCAGUUUUGAUUCAACCUACUUUGUUUUUAUCAGAAAUUUAUUUUUAGUUUGGUUUUAGUUUGGUGGGAAUCUUUUGACAGACGAGGGUUUUGUCUAUCUGUUGAGGGGUUCCUGAGUCUUUCCAGUCUUUUUAAACUAGGUUCCAGUUUUUUUCCUCGUACGUUUUUUCUUCCCAAACCAGGGAAUAGAAAGAUUAAUAGAAAUAUAAAUCUUCCACGAGCUGCUUUUUGAAAAGUUAUUCCAUGAAUUAAGAACAUCCAAUCAACAAAUUGACAUCUACGUAUUGAUUAACUAAAUACUGUACUACUUUGAAUAAGCGCCGGGACGCCUUUUUUUUUUUUAAUUUCAGCUUGAUGGAGGGGCAAUUAUCGGAAGGGAGAUGCUUAAUCAAGAGGAGUCUAUGCUAUAAACUAUUAACUUGUGCUGAUUCUGCUAUAGCUGACGCUUAAAAAGUUAUAAUAAAGUGGCAGUAAAAAUAGGUUUUAUUUGUAUCCCUACUAUCUAAGAAAGUGAGGGAGAAGGGGAGGGGGGGUAUUUGUUUCAAGAGGGACACCUGUUUGAUGUUAUGCCAAGGGGGUGGGUGCUUAUUUGGAGGAGGGUGCUUAUUAGAGCAUGGACACUUAUUCAAGGAAUUUACAGUACUCAUUAAACCUCAUCAAGACAAAUCCUGUUAUUUUUUGUUUUUGCUGUACCUUGAAAGAUUGCUGAAGUUGAGUUGGCUUUUGAACUCAUUCAUUUACUGUAGUUUUGUUUAAUUCAUGUUAAUUCAAUGGCUAUUGCUGAAAAGAAGAUAACAUUGAAUACACAAAUACAAAACUUAACAGAUUUAUGGGACUGACCAGUAUGAUCCCUUUCAGGUUGGAUUCUAUCUUGGAUUUGUCUCUCUCUGGCUUGAAAUUUUGAAUGAAACUCCUGACCCAAAACAAAGGUAUUGAUUCACGUAAUGGAAGCCUUUAAAAAUAAUUUUCCUUAUUUAUAAGAAUUUACUGUUUAAUGAAUCAGUAUAUACCAAAGUCUUGAAUAUUCACUACACACAAUUAACUACUUGGAUGGGUUUGAUUAAUCAGGGUGGUCCUCUGAUUUUAUUUGUGAAAGAAUUAAUUUCAAACAGUUUAAACAGGGCUUUACUGCAUCUGUUUUGACAAGUUUGAAAACAGAAUUGAACACUAUCAUUUCUUCUUUAACCCUUUAACUCCCAUGAGUGACCAAGACAGAAUUUCUCCUUACAAUAUCAAUAUAAAAUCAAGCAGACAAGUGAUGAGAGUAAAGAAAAAUAUCAAUUUGGGGAUUAUAAGUUGAUCCAAUACCAAAUUCUCUGAACUAACAUUACCAGAGCUGUAUGGCAGACAGUAAGGAGAAUUACUAAUGAGAUCUUGGGAUUUAAAGGGUUAAGUACCAUAGUAAUGUAAAACCCCACCAUCUCAACCUUCCAAGGAAAACAAAAAAUGAUUUGAGUUAGGGGGAAAGGGGGCCAGGGUUGAGGUAGCUGAUAAUACAUGUCUGAAAAAAUGGAGUCAAGGGAAAUUGGAUCUUGUUCUAGUUACUGGGUUCUACUGUACUUGGCAAUUUUUUCUUGUGUGAAGUCAUUUUGCAUUUAACAUUUAUUACGGAUACCAAACAGCCAUUUUUUCUUUCUUUUUCUUUUUUUAAGGCAUAUUAAGUUGUUAGAGACAUUAAAGGAGAUGAUCUCUUCUCUCCCAAUAAAUGAUGUCACCAGUGAGGAAUUAUUUGUUAACCUUGAAAAGAUUCGGGCCAAGUAUAAACAGGUAGGCACAAGGUGGAGUUACACUGAUGAGCUUAUGUGCUUGGAAAUUCUUAAUAUGAAUGAAGAUCAUUUUUUCUUUCAUCAUUCUUCUAAAAUAUUAGUCAUAUGGUAAAACGAAAGGGGAAUUUUUGUCUUGUGCAUGGUUGCAUGGUUUGUGUACACAGGAAAGGAAAUGCACUCACAACAUAGCUUACAUUAUCUUGAAAAGUUGAUUUACUGCAUUUAUUAAAGUGAGGCAAAGAGUCUAUUAUGUGACAAACAUGGCCUAUAGUUUUUCCCUGACUGUAUUUUUAUCAUAUCAAAGCCAGACACUUCAAAUUUUAUGGAACUUCACUUGUUUCUGUACAUUUUAGGCAUUACUCUUUUUUAAGAAAACUGCAGGUUUAUUUUGUGUUAAUUGUGUUCAAUUUUGUGUCAGCUUUGUUCACUGUUAGGUAUUAGCACUGAUUAUAGUGGUGGUACGUCUGGAGCCUCCUUCUGAGAUAAAGCUAUUCAUUAGUAAAGGCUACUGUGUUGGAACCAGAAUUCAUUUUCCUGAAAGGUAGAUUUGUACAAAGUUCUUACAGUUCAUUUCCCCAUCUUAUGAGUUCUGCUGAAUGAAAAGUUUUUAAAAAAACAGAGCAGUGAAUAUUGCUUCCUGUACAAAGCGACUGGUUAGUUUGGUGGUUAUUAGUAAGUUAUUUUCACUUUUGAGCAGAAAAGGAUGCCUCAUUUAUGCAAUUUUGGUUAAAAAGCUGUGAGCUUUAGGCCAAAAUAUAUGCUUUAAUUUGUUGCUUUGGUUCAUACUGAGACAAAUUUAGUGCUGUAACUAUCUUACACUUUGGUUCAUUAUUGCUCAUGUCAUUAUACUUAUAUGAUGUGCCGGUAGGAGGACAGAUUUCAACUUUUUUUUUUUAAGAUUAGAACAGAAGUAAUUCUUGUCAUAUAAGUUCACCAAGAUGAACCUUGUUAUAAUUAUGUUUGAUUAAAUAGUACAUCUGCUUUCUUUAUUCCUUGACAUCUUGUAUCAAAACUUUUUUUGUAGGUUCCUGGCCCAAUUUCACAAGAAUGAAGACUGAACAGGAGCUUAUUUGGGACUCUUACAUUGACAAGGUGUAGGCAGUUGUGCUAUUAGAAGGUUUUGGAAUGUGGGCAGAAGAUUGCACAUUACAUAACAGAAGCAGCCCACAAUGAAGCAUAGGGGCAAAGAGUGAGCUGUUACCAUGGUCUGGAAACAGGGCCUUAACUGUUUCUGUGAUGUUAAGAGGCAAUCAUUUGUGUUCAAGCAUUAUUCAUAGUGAAUUUUUAUCUUGCUCUUCUUUACAAAGUACAUCUUUCUUAAAUUUACACUAGUCGAUCAUUAGCUUGAACAGCAGUAUUUUCACUUCCUUCAAUGGAGGGGAGGGCCCUCCCCAUCCCUCCCCCUCCUCAGCCCUUGACAUGACUUUUGCCAAACAUUUGCCUUGCUCUCACUUCUUCAUUUGGCUCAAAGGAAAUACUGUUGGGCAGAAAAUCAUUUUCAACAACUUUCUGAAAACAAGCAACAUCCAUAUUAUAUACACCUGAGUAGUAUUUCAUGUAAAAGCUUAAUAAUCCAAUCAUUAAGCCACACUUACUGUUUGUGCUUGAUAAAUGGUGAUCAUUUAGUCUUGUAAACAACAGCUACUGCAAAUUCUGGUGCCCAUAGCCAGGUUAUGUUAGAUGCAAGGUGGAAUAUACCAUGCUAUGGAUAUGGAUAAGAAACAGCUUGGAAUUUUGAUUUGUAGUAUUAUUACCUACCUAUUGUUGGAGAUAAGUAUGUUUUUAAUAUGACUGCACAUGGUAUUUUUAAAAUAUUAUAAAAAAUUAUUUUAUUAAGGGCCAUAUGUGAUGGCUGUCCUUGGUCUGCAUGUUGUGGCCUUGAACCAGGUAUUUUCUCUCCCACUUAAUCAAUGAAUGUGGUAGACAACUCUUCUCAAUUUACAAUAGAAAUUACAACUUUUGAAAUGGGGGAAAUUGCUGAGGGAAAUGCAUCAGAUAUUGUAUUAUUCCUUUACUACCCUAUUUUACCACGCUAGGACAAUGGAACAUGCAAAUAUGCCACAGUAUUACACUGCAUUAGGUUUUUUUUUUGUUGGUCAUAGAAAACACUUCAAGGGUUGGACUUGUGUUGUUUCCAUCUUAGUCUGUCUUUCAUGCACGCCAUAUUUGAUUGAUACUAUCACAGGUGUCCCAAGCUCACAUCUCAAGAAAAAGCAAACGAUUAAUUCAUGAAAGCCUCAUGCAUUGUGUGACUCGGUUUUAAGUUAUGAUAGGAACCAUUGAGAACUUGAACAUGUUAUAAGGAAUAGUAUGGGGAACAAAAUAUGGUCAAUUUACAACAAUAAAUAUUUCAGAAUAUGAACAUUUUACACGUAAAAUCGAUAUAAUUUUCCCUCACCUCGAGUGUCAGUUGUGGUUUCUGGUGUUCUUUGCUCUAUUAAGCUUGCUUUGCUAUCACUGGUAUUCAGAAAUACCAGUGAUGGCAAAGCAAGCUUAAAACGGCAGAGAACGCUGGAAACCACAAUGGACACAAAUGGUUUUGCAUAUGACAAACACACAGACAUUUUAGUCAAUGCUUGUACUCUCCCUUACCCCUAUGGAGCUCAGUAAAAUACUAUGCAACUUGAAAAAUGUACAACAGCCUUACAUAAUGUAACGUUCAGACCAUACAUUUAUUUUAUGAAUGUAUUGUUUGUGUGCCCAUUUAAAUAAAGUGUUUAUUUUAAUAUUAAAUUGAUUCAUCAGAAAAAAAUUGACAGUGUUUAGAAAAUAGCUGAAUGUGAAACUGUGUGUG